AUGCGACGAGCUUUCUUUUCCACUGAGCUUGGAACGCAACCCCACCGUCUGAUAGGCUCAGGCCUUAUACCUACGGUUGUGCGCAGUACGAACGAUCCUGUAGCUGUGGUACAGGCUGCGAGGUACUGGCAGAUCAAAUACAAAAGUGAGUAUACUUCUUUGCGAAGAGCGUACAAACUAGUCGCUAACUACGGUCAAGACCAAUGCCUGUGUAUAUUUCCCAACCAACGCUGGACCGUUGAGGAUCUCUGGGAUGCUGCAGAUAUCUUUGUCGAGGGCAGGCAAUUCUGCGAGCAGAUGCUUACCUUCAUCGCGCGUGACACCUUGUAUGCCGCAGAUAAAUUUGCUAAGGACUGGGCUCGAGAACAUCCGGAUCGAUUUGAUUUCACUGGCAUCAAUAUCGGAAAUGUGUACGAUUUCAAUGAUCCCCUCACAGCUCUCGAUCAGAUCUUUGUCUUCGGCGAACUCACUUCCUUUCCUCGAGCGUUCCUCUGGCAUGUUGCCUUCAUCUUGAUUGCCAGCUGGAACGACUCCAACUUGGCCAACAAUGCUGCAUUGAAUUCAAUUCGGAACCAGCAACUUUCUGUUGGGGCGCAGCAAGAUGUAGGUGAGGCAAAAGCAACAAUCAUCGCAGUUGCGAAAUCCGACAGCAAGAAAGCCGGUAAGAAGUGCUACAGACAGUGA